CCUCAGUGCGGAGGAAUACAGUGAGCCGUGCAGCGGUGCUUCGCCCUCUCUGCCCUCCUCCAAGCAGCCGUGCUGUUCAGUGGCAACUGUCCAUUUCCUCUCCCCUUAGCGUUAGCAAACCAGCUUAUCCAGCACCUAAACGGACAUGGCUGACCAACUAACAGAAGAGCAGAUUGCCGAGUUUAAGGAGGCCUUCUCCCUGUUUGAUAAGGAUGGUGAUGGGACCAUCACCACCAAGGAGCUUGGCACCGUCAUGAGAUCGCUGGGUCAGAAUCCAACUGAGGCUGAACUCCAGGAUAUGAUCAAUGAGGUGGACGCUGAUGGCAACGGGACCAUUGACUUCCCAGAGUUCCUGACGAUGAUGGCGAGGAAGAUGAAGGACACAGACAGUGAGGAAGAGAUCAGGGAGGCCUUCAGGGUCUUUGAUAAGGAUGGUAAUGGUUACAUCAGUGCAGCAGAGCUGCGUCAUGUGAUGACUAACCUGGGAGAGAAGCUAACAGAUGAGGAAGUGGAUGAGAUGAUCAGAGAAGCCGACAUCGAUGGAGACGGACAGGUCAACUAUGAAGAAUUUGUCCAGAUGAUGACCGCCAAAUGAAGUGGGCCCUCAUUCAAAGACAAAGAAUCAGUCAAAUGUUUCACUUACCUCUUAUUGCAAAAAUCUACAUUUAUUCAUACUGUUUCUGUAUAGAAAACUUAAACUGAAUGUUGGAAAACUGAAAAUCUGUCCACAUAAACAAGCUCAAAAAAGGUUAAAAAAAAAUAAAUAAACAAAACAAAAACACAACCAAAAAAAAAAAAAAACAACAACCCUAAAUUAAUCUGCAUGUACCGGCUCGUAUUCCCCCCCCCCCCCCCCCCCCCCCCCCCCAGCUCUGAGCUGCCCAAUCAGAUCACAACUCGUUAGCCAAGCAGCCUUUCUGCAGCCGGCUGGUUUGGCCUCUGCUGCUCUGCUUCCUGGUUCCAUCUGCGUGAUGUCAUGAUGAUUCUUUGGGCUGGCUGAUCGCCUUUCUUCUAUUACUUCCUAUUUUCUUCUUCUUCUGUUCUUCAUGCAUGCAGCUUUAGACAGGUUAUUGUGGUGAGCCCAGCGGCAGGAGGCUGCUGCUGGGCCUGAGGAGGCCCUGGGAUCCAGAGAGAGGAGGGAGGGGUUGGCUGACAGACGAAUGGGAGUGAGUGAACCAGCAGAACCUUUGCAGAUUGCUUAUCUAAAUGAACUAAGUGAUGACAGAGAUAUUUUUAAGAAAAACAUUACAGUGAAAUGAUUAAAAAAACAAACUCAUUUUAGAUUCUAUGUUUCUGGCAUGUCAGGAUACUCGCUCUAUUCUUUGUGUGUUUACCUUUUUUGGGGGGUGAAGUGGGAAUGCAGGACUGGGGCAUAGAUUUGAGCCCUGUGGGUGGUGGGUUUCUUCUUUAUUGGAGGGAAUUGGGUGGGCUUUAAAGGUGAUAUACAGGUGUAAUUUCUGAGGCAAUGUGAAGAGUGUUGCUGUAAAUAGAGUGGAGGAUUUGCAGAGUUUACUGCUUCCUAAUCUUUAGCAGUCAUGCUCAGGCAUAUUGCCUCAAAUGUUGCCCAUGUGUUACGAUUUUACGGGGGUGUUCAUUUCAGCUUAGUGGGGACGGGGUCGGUGCUUUGCGGUGUUUCUAACCUGUGGGUGUGUAUGUGUGUGUGCGUACGUGUGGAUGUGUGUGUGGAUGUGUGUGUGGGUGCGGUGAGGCCCGGCCCAGUCCAACUGUUCUGUCCUGUUCAGUUCAGUUGAUCUGCAUUCCAAGUUGUACAUGCUAGUCUUUACAUUUUGUUUUUCCAAUAAAACACCAUGAACUAA